UGAUUGCCGUGGUAGACUUCCACUAGCCCACAAUGCACUGCGCUAAACAACAUGGAUGGUCUCAGAUGACAUUUUUGCUGAGUUGAUAAAAUUAUUGGCAGUCUUCUUGGCAAGUUGACGCCAAAAUAUCGACUACGUCAUCAGAUAGGAUGGUGAUAGAGUUAUCACAGAUCGGUUUGUGGUAGAGAAGGACAGCAGGCUUACCUGCUCAUCAUGGAGGUUGUAAACAUGGAGGAACUCAUCCAGGACCUGACUUGUGCUCUGGAGGAGACCAGCAAGUCUAAGGAAGACUUGGAGCCUGAGGGAGAGGUGGAGGGAGCCUGUGCGGCGAGCCCCUGUCAGAUACGCCGCAGACAGGCUCGCAAGAGAAGGGGGCGAAAAAGGCGGUCAGACCCCAACCCAAUCUGGGAGUAUGGGAAUAUUAGUGAAGCCUCAGAAUCAAGCCUUGACGAAGCCUUGAAAGACUAUAUGGAGAAUGUGACACAGCAACAGGAAGAUGACCACGACUCGGAUGAUCUCAUCAUGGCCAAGAGACUGUUAUCCUUGAACUUCAACUCAACAGCCAGCAACAGACACUCCUUCCACUCUGAAUCAGACACCUUCACUGACAGUUACAGCAAGGUCCGCAGCGCCCGCCCCAGCCGCAGAAGAAAGUACAAACGUAUGGCCGUGGACCCUCAAGGCACCGUAGGGAGCCCGAUGACCCCACAGUUGCCCGAUGGACUGCCUGAUUAUAUCCCAAGAAAACGGAAGCAACUAAAAAAGGGCGGAAAGGGUCUACUGAAAGAAGGAAGCCAAGAUGAAGAUGCGAUGGACAUAGAGGGCCUGAGGUCUGGGCAGUUUGGUUACGAUAUCAAGAAGUUGCGAAUGAAAGACAGCCAGAUUGACCAAGCAAGAACUGCUGGAGAACAUGACUCCAUGGACUGCUAUGAUGAGGGGGGGACAAGCAAGGAGGGAGAUGCUGAGAGUGUGUUUGAAAGUGACUUGAGCGGAAGUGAAAGUGACAGUGGACUCUACACCAACGAUGAAGGACGAGAAGGUGAUGACGAGCAGAGUGACUUCUUCCAUGAGGGUGUCGGCCCCGCCUGUGGGAUCCCAGGAGUCAUCCAAUGGUGGGAGGAGGACAAAAUUGACUGUGAUGACCACGACCCCAAAUUUGAUCAGAUACUGAAUGGAUCCUUACCCUUCCUGACUGAGGUGCCCAGAGGCUUACAGGCCAGGACAAGUCGGCUGCUGGGGAGAUACUCCAACAAGCGGAACAUCAAAUCAGCAUGCAGGAGGCUGAAAGACAGGAAGAAGAGAGGUCCCAUGUACAGCACCAACAAUGACAUGAUGUCAGGGGACUUCUCAGCAUAUCAAGAGAUUUGGCUUCAGCCGCGGAAGAAGAAGGAAAAAGAUCAGUCCCUGUCGAGCCAUCAUCACCUGUUAUAUUCUUAUGGGCAGCCAGGACACCACAAAUGUGGGUCUGCAGACAACAAGCGACGGAGAAAGAUCCCCCAGUCAUCACCAAUGGCACAGGGAUAUGUAGGUGAGAAUGCUGACCCUAUCCCAGACAACAAUGUAGGCAAUCGAAUGCUGCGAGGAAUGGGCUGGUCGCCUGGCCUGGGCCUCGGUGCGGAAAACCAGGGGAUGACACAGCCUGUCCGAGCAUUUCUGCGGCCCAAAAGAAUAAGUUCCUGGGGUCUCAAACUAAUGCAACUGGUGAGUCCUGUUCAGACGUGGGUGCUACACGGGACCCAGGACUGCAGACAUGAGUGCAGCAGUCAGCACCCCUCCCAGAUGAUCACCUUGUGCAUCCUGAUGCAGUCCUGGCCCCAAACACCAUGAUGGCUCCCCCCAGGUAAGCUGCCAGGCCUGGCACUCCUGGUACAGUACCGAGGGCUCCUGAGAACCAAGCUGACAGGAACCCACCCAGGACUGACGACACGCUGAACAGAAC